AUGGUAAAGCCGCCACCGGGCAGGCAAAAGCGCCCAGCAGAGAAGCGCCUGGCUUCCCUCCGCUCCGAAGAAGUGGCCUUGAAAGCAACGGAUGAGAACGAAGGAAAAAACCGUGUCACGAGCAUGACACAGAGAUGCGACAGAGCGCGGGUGCAAAUGUCCCGGGUUGCCCGUACCUGUCAGAUCGCUGAGCGCUCGCCCUCUCCCUCUCUCCCUUCUCUGCUUGCAGGUCGCAUUUUAGACAUCCCUUGCAAAGUGUGUGGGGACCGCAGCUCCGGGAAACACUACGGGGUUUACGCCUGCGAUGGGUGCUCGGGAUUUUUCAAGCGGAGCAUCAGGAGGAAUAGGACCUACGUCUGCAAAUCGGGAAAUCAGGGAAACCCAGCCGAGCAGCGUCGGGCAUCCCGUGCGGGACCCCGUGGUGACCCCCUUGCCUUUCCUUGGUGCCCCACAGCGGUGCAGCACGAGCGGGGCCCCCGGACGUCGACGAUACGGAAGCAGGUGGCCCUCUACUUCCGUGGGCACAAGGAGGAGAGCGGCGGUGCCCCGCACUUCCCCGCCGCCGCCCUGCCGGCGCCCGCCUUCUUCACCGCUGUCUCCCAGCUGGAGCCCCACGGCCUGGAGCUGGCCGCUGUCGCCGGCACCCCUGAGAGGCAGGCUCUGGUGGGCCUGGCACAGCCCACCCCAAAGUACCCACAUGAAGUCAAUGGUACCCCUAUGUAUCUCUACGAAGUGGCCACCGAAUCCGUCUGCGAGUCAGCAGCCAGACUUCUCUUCAUGAGCAUCAAGUGGGCCAAGAGUGUCCCAGCCUUCUCCACCUUGUCCUUACAAGACCAGCUGAUGCUUUUGGAAGAUGCUUGGAGAGAACUGUUUGUUCUAGGAAUAGCACAAUGGGCCAUUCCAGUUGAUGCUAACACUCUACUGGCUGUAUCUGGCAUGAACGGUGACAAUACAGAUUCUCAGAAGCUGAAUAAAAUUAUUUCAGAAAUACAGGCUUUACAGGAGGUUGUGGCUAGAUUUAGACAACUUCGGCUAGAUGCUACCGAAUUUGCCUGUCUCAAAUGCAUUGUCACUUUUAAAGCUGUGCCUACACACAGUGGUUCCGAACUGAGGAGUUUCCGAAACGCUGCCGCCAUAGCAGCCCUUCAAGACGAAGCCCAGCUCACUCUGAACAGCUACAUCCAUACCAGGUAUCCCACGCAACCCUGUCGUUUUGGAAAACUUCUAUUGCUUUUACCAGCUUUACGUUCCAUUAGUCCAUCUACAAUAGAAGAAGUGUUUUUCAAAAAGACCAUUGGGAAUGUACCAAUUACAAGACUGCUCUCAGAUAUGUACAAAUCCAGUGACAUAUAA